CGGAAAAGCCAGGUGGGUGCAACUACUUUUAACCCAUUUCCUCGUCACAGUGUUACUCCAAAGCCGGAGUGUCCUUAAGAAUAUGUGGCUGUGGCUUCAAAGUGGAGCUACCUCUAUUUUGAGGGCCUAAACAUGUGUCCUUAAGAUCAAAAACAAACUCAACAAUGUCUGCCAGUGUGGGCUGUCAUGUCAGGAGCACAGCAGGGAAUUGGCAGAGACAGUGAUACGGACUCGAGUCGAUGAUGAAGUAGAUUGGGACCAGAAAUCCCUGAGGAGAGCGAGGGACAGACGGACAGACAGACAGAGGAGGUCAGGUAGGAGGGCUUUAAAAGCACUGCUUAACUUCACUGAAACAUGCAUUUAAUGUCAGCCUGGGUAGAGCUGAGGAUUUGGGAUGCACAGCAGCCUGCAUCUGCCUGUGAAUCACUUGAUUGAAAGAGGAAAAUGUGUGAACAAGUAUGCUGAGGUAAGUGCAUAUGCUAAUUUAUAUGAUUUGCUAUUUCUGACUCCUAAAGGCAUUUUGCGCUGUUUAUAAUAUUGCAUUCUUGUGUUGAAUUUAAACCAAAAUGACACAAAGUCUGGAUAGUAAAAACAUCACCAAACAUACACAUUGAUCUAAAACACACAGAAGUAGUUUUCUUUUCUUAAAUGGCUUUUAUAUGUUCAGUUUCCUGACAUGUUCUCCCUAACAUCAGCAGGGCAGCUUUGUAGAGGACGUAAAAAUCGACAAAUCAUAAACAUGCAGAGGUUGCAGAAGAGUUUGGCCUUUUUCUUCCUCCUGUAUUGCACCUGCUUGACUGAGGCCCGAGAGCUGAAGUUUGUUGUAGCUGUGUUCCGACACGGUGAUCGAUCGCCCAUUGAGUCGUAUCCCAGGGAUCCACACGGGGAGGAUGUGUGGGCUCAGGGCUUCGGACAGCUCACUGAGCUGGGCAUGAAACAGCAAUUUGAGCUGGGCAGGUUCCUAAGGAGGCGUUAUGGAGACUUCCUCAGCGAAGACUACAACAACAAAGAGUUGUAUGUGAGGAGCACUGACUACGAUCGCACUCUGAUGAGCGCCCAGGCCUGCCUCGCUGGAAUGUUCCCCCCGACCAGACGCCCGCCUCCCAUCAUGCCCCAGUUACUGUGGCGGCCUAUUCCAGUGCACACCAUCCCCAGGGCCCAGGACAAGCUGCUGAAGUCUCCAGGCAAAGACUGUCCAAGGUUCAGGGCACUGAUGACGGAGACCUUCGAGAGCGAACCCUACCAAAGGUUCCUCAGAGCUCACCAGUACUUUGUGGAGGGACUGUCCAACCACACCGGCUACCCCGUGUCCAAGCUGGUCGGUAAGAAAAUCUGGAGAGUCUACGACACCCUCAGCUGUCAGAGGAUCCAUAACUUGACUCUCCCACACUGGGCCACCCAAGACGUCCUGGACACCCUGAAGAGAAUCGCAUCCUUUGAGGUCAUGUACAGCAUCCUCAGUCACAAGCGGAAAGAGAAGGCCAGGCUCUCGGGAGGGGUCCUGCUGAAUGCCAUCCUGAGGAAUUUCUCUAAGGCUGUAGAGCAAGGGAGCCCUCUCAAAUUCAUUAUGUACUCAGCUCAUGACUCCACACUCAUCACCCUCCAGGCAGCUCUGGACGUGUACAACGGCCUUCUUCCUCCUUACGCCGCCUGUCAGCUCUUUGAGUUCUACCAGGAGCAUGAUGGAUCUUAUUCUCUGGAGCUGCAUUACCGAAAUGACUCCUGGCGCGACCCGUACCCCAACCAUGUGCCAGGCUGCAACGGGCUCAACCCCUGUCCUUUGUCCAUGUUCACUGAGCUGGUGAGGGACGUGAUGGCAGAGCACUGGGAAGGCGAGUGCGGCUUCAGGACAAAAUGGUCAAGCACAGGUGUAAUCACAACGCUUGCAGUGGCCGUGGGACUCCUGGCAGUGGCGCUGUUGUUCAGUAUAGGGGUGGCAAUCCACAGGCGGAGAGCACACUACUCCAGGGAGGUGUAGCGCAGGCUGUUUACACGUGCCAAAAAUACAAAAACAUGCUUCCCAACUGUGGAAAACAGCCCUAAUAAUAACUGUGUGUUUUAAUAAUUUAGAUCAUGACUGUGUUUGUGAGUGUGGGAAAUCUGGCAGCCCUUCUGAAUUCAUGAUUUAUGUCUGCACGAUGAUCAAGAAAGUAAUUUUUAACAGAGAAAUAAAUUAUAUUCAAACAUUUUCA